UUUAAUACAUUCAGGCCAGAGGCCUGUGAAGACCAGGAUUAAGAAAGAAACACUGAUCUCAGGCCCCUGAGUGUCACUAACCAUGAGCAGUGCAGCCAACAUCAAAGUCAUAUCUCAGAGCCAGAGUGAUGCAGGUGUCAUUUCAAGUCGGCCGUUGCCUCAAAGCACGAUGCCCCUCCCAAAGAUGGAUCCCAAACAACAGCACGGCGGCCUCCCCAAUCCUGCAGCGCAGCAUCAGCACGCUGCUAAACGACACCCUGCGUUAUCUUCAUCAUCCUCUUCCUCGGGCCCUGCAGACCUGCUGAGAGGUCGGGCUUUAAAAAACCAGCUGCUGCAGCUAAAGACAAGCACGUAUUCCAGCAGAGGCCCAGCAGCCACAGAGAGAAGUGACGGGACGUGCUCGGCCUACAGCAGCCCUCGGGCACCAAAGAAGGAGUACUCACAUUCUAAAGACACGUUGGACCUCCCCAACAGCCCCGCGACUCAGAAGGCCUUGAGAGACCUGCAGUUUAGGAGAAACACAAACAGGAACUGGACCUUUGGGAAGUGUCGCCUCAGUAACGUGGACAAUGCACGGGAAAGGGACGCCUUGCAGAAGCUGUCCGCCGACAUUCAGUCGGGCCACAGGAGCGGACGUCUUCUUUACAYCAAAGGGCCAAACGGGAAUGAGAUGCCGAGGCGUUCUUCAACUGGACUGGAGCAUUUCCAAAAACACGCRAGGAACAUAUCAAACCAGGAUCUGACAACCUCUGACAGAGACGUGCUCRGUAAUAAAUCAAAGGAUUCUUAUCUGACUUCCAACCUGAAACGCAGAGGGAGCGAGCCRGCCAAAAUAACCACGGCUGCUGUUGCUCCGUUUAGAUUCAGGUUCCAGGUCAAUGAGGACACAGAAGCCACCCUCGAUGAUCUGAGUGACUGCUCCUCUGAUUCCAUGGAGGUCUGCUGUGAUGAUUUAGACCCGGAGUCGCAGAGGAAGAGGACUGUGCAGAAUGUUCUUGAUCUCCGUCAGAAUCUAGAAGACACCAUGACAAGUCUGCGGGGCUCCCARCUCGGUCACAGCUGUCUGGACAGCAGUACGGUGGGCUACGACAGCGAUGAGACCAACGCCCGCAGCAUCUCCAGCCUGUCGAACCGCUCCUCACCUCUGUCCUGGCRCCACGGUCAAUCCAGUCCCCGUCUCCAGGCCGGUGACGCGCCGUCCUCGACGGGCAGUGGGUACCAGGGCAGUAAAAGYUCUUCCCAGUACACGGCUCACACAAUGCCCGCUCGCUGCUCCAGCCGACUCAGCAGCACGUCUCGCAUUGAGCUCAUAGAGGGUCUCGACGUUGAUGACGCUGACCUCAAGUCCGGUUACCUGAGUGACACUGACCUUCAAGGAAAGAGCCUGCCAGAUGAUGAUGACGAGAAUCUGGCUAAUGGUUGGGAUGAGAGCAGCUCCAUCAGCAGUGGACUCAGCGAUGGUGACGGCUCAGAGAAUCUCAGCUCAGAGGAGUUUAAUGCCAGCUCAUCGCUUAACUCCCUCCCGAGCACACCUUUGGGAUCGAGACGGAGCUCUUCUGUCAUGCUCCGCACCGACGCAGAGAAGCGCUCCCUGGUGGAAAGUGGCCUUUCUUGGUACAGCGAAGAUGGCAAAGUCAGCCACAAGCUCACCAGCUGCAGCUAUGACUCAGGAAGUCUAAAAACAGAAGCUCCAAGCAAGUGGAGGAAAAAGCCUCCGAGCCUCAGUGAAGAUUUUGGGAUGAAAGGAGAAUUGAAGAAGCCUCAAAGUUUGGGUCAGCCAGGUAGUUUUAAGAAGGGGAGAAAUCCUCCAGUCGGCGUGACUUCCCCCAUCACCCAUACCUCACAGAGCAUGCUGAAAGUUGCAGCUCCAAAAAUUGAGAAGCCUCUGGACAAAUCUAAAAUGUCUGUGAAGGCCGCUGGUCUACAACGGAGYCGUUCUGAUGCUGGCAGGGAUUAUCAUGGAGAGCAUCGCAAACCCCCAUCAGGUUUAGUCAAACCAUCUGCAGGGGGCUCGUUUGGAUACAAGAAACCACCACCAGCCACUGGUACUGCGACUGUUAUGACAGCAGGGGGCGCCACCAUCUCCAGUGGCUCUGCUACUGUGGGGAAAACCCCCAAGUCAUCUGGCAUCCCUGUGAAGCCCGUGGGGGGAGGAACAACUUUGGGCAGAAAGAACAGUUUCGACGCCAGCAGUGAACAGGGCUUCUUGGGGCCGAAUGCCCGRAACAGCAUUCAGUAUCGCAGCCUGCCUCGGCCGGCUAAGUCGAGCACCCUCAGCGUCAUCGGCCGCCCGGCAGCUCGACCCGUCAGCGGCACCAUUGACUCGAGCCUGUUGAGUUUGAAGCCUGUACCCCUGGCCUCCACAGGGCCCAGGAUUAAAGAGCCCAGUAGCUGUGGCAGUAAAAUAUCUAGUCGAACCAGUACAGGCCCAGUCAACCAGACAGACAGAGAAAAGGAGAAGGAAAGAGCAAAAGCCAAGGCUGUAGGUGCUGACAUGGACUGUGCCACGCUGAAAGGAGAGAACAGUCAGUCUGAGUCCACAGGAGAGCCUGCUAUUAAACUGCAUGGCCUGAGACGGACCAGCAGCAGCAAAUACCCCGAACUCUCGUCUCCCACAACACCAAGGAUGCUCAACACUAAAUGUCUCGGCCGUCCGCCCAGCUUGGCUCACCUGGACAAGGUCAAUUCGAACAGUCUUGAUUCCUGUGUGACUAUCCAAGAUCUUCCGCCCAAAGUACCCCCAUAUUCUAAGCUUCAGGACUUGGCUGGUUCCCACACUGGAACGCGUCUCACUCCCAGCCCAGCGCCCGUCCUCCACAUCGAUUCUCCCAGUUACACCAGUGAAAGCCUGAGCUUGAGUGGGUCUCCCAUGCUCUACCCUAAACUGUCUAGCAUCCAUCGCAGCUUGGAGUCCCUGCCGCUCCAAAUGAGCGUUCCCUGCAGUGCUAGGUUUGUCCCAGCAGAUCUAUGCGACAAGGAGGAGCGGGGUGCAGGAACUUGGGGAGGUGGAACUAGGACAUCCCUCAACCUAUCAGAUGGCUUGCAAACAGAUCGGAAUACUUUGCCAAAGAAAGGCUUGGAACGCUACGGCUCAAGCCUCUCAGACAGCGAUGGAGGCAAACCAGGACGGCGCCACUCCCACAAUGCAGUGAGCAUGACAGAGAGCGAUAGCCCCCCUCAGUUGCCUUCGCCCACCCGCACGCUUCAUCCUUCCUCCAGCAAAACUCCUCUCACUAACGUGGUUGCCCCAAUUUCAUAUGGCACCCCGAGGAUAUCACGCUCCAACAGUACAGGCCCCUCCAGUGACACAGCCUGCGAUCUGUAUGGAUCCUCCCCCCUGGGCAGCAGUAUGUCCCUGGCUGACCGGCCAAAAAGCAUGAUGCGGUCCGGGUCUUUCCGUGAACCAGGGGAGGAUG